UGUAGGUUGCUCUGAAGUUGCAGUAAACCAGAAUAGAGAAACUGGGGAUACUAGACGGCUUAACAAAGCAAAGAGAUGUGAGGUAAACUUUCUCCCAGACAACCCACUUGGACAGACUGAUUCCUCCCUUCAAAAAGGAAAGGAAGCAUUACAGGAGGAUUUGAAGAAGAAACGUCUCAACAUGGCAUUUGAUGACUCGAAAAUGGAAUUGACAUUCUCGUUGUGAAGAAAGGAGAUAGUUGACGAAGAACCUCUUGUAACAUAUAUCCUAAAACAAUGGCCAGCAUUUUUUGGGAAGAUCAAAUAUGUGCUGAGUUUAACAGAAUCACACAAAUAAACCUGAAGAGUGCAUUUUUCUCUUGUCUGGAUGAAUAUAUACCACGGAUGAUCAAGUUGUAUAGGGUACGCGGUGGAGCACAUGAAAAUGAUAUGAAGACUCUCCUGGACCAACUUGAUAAUCAGACCUCCGAUGUUUUUGCUCACAGAAAGGCUACAGCUCUCAAAGGUCUACCUUUAUUUAUAAGGGAUAAGGCUAAACAUUUCCUGAAGACUUGCCUGGACACAGAGCCGGAAGAAUAUCAUACAAAAGGGAUGAAGAUGGGGAUCAUAACCAUCGUUGAAGAUGACCUUGCGACCAUCCACUCAAACCCAAAUGUAAGGUGCCUGUCUCUGGUUCUAGAGGACCAUAUCGUUCUGGAUAAUGUGCAAGACCUUCCCACUGCUAUGGCUCUUCUCUUUGGCUUGAUUUAUGCCUUGAACAUGAACUAUCCUAAAGAACUCAAGUACAACUUUGAAAUUAUUCAAAAGGUGUUUAUUGGUCUUGACCCCCAGUGCUCAGCAAGAGUCCCCUCCUUCAAAAACAAACUUUUAAUGUCUAAAUAGCUGGAUACGUUAAGCAAGAUAAGGGCAAGAACCAUGCUCUUCCUGUAUUCUUUUCAGUUUUAUGUUAUGUAUUUUAAAUGCUGUACUUACAGUAGUGAAACUGGAUUACUCAAACACAUUGCAAUUUGUAGAAUUCUGAAGUCUUCAUUGA